GUGCUCAGCAUCAGCUUCGUUUGGCGAAAAUGAAACGAAACGCCAUGUGUUCUGGUCAUAGCUAAAUAGAACAAUUUCGUCGUGUAAAUCAAAGGCUUUAUAAGAAUAGUAGUUGUUGCAGUGGAAUCUGCUAUAAUAUAGCCAUGUUACCUUACGCAGAAGAGGAUGAUGUAACAGAGGUCUAUGGGAAUCUUGCACCCUCCCAAAAGCUUACUGUUGAAGCAGUUGGGCAGUGGUUUGAAUUUUACCAGCAAAAAAUACAUGGGCGUCAGUCAUUUCAUUCAUUGUCAGCUGCUUCUAGCUCGUCCGAGUCAGAAGAGGAAGACGUAGAAGAAUGUGAGGAUGACAAGGCUUUACUACUGGGAUUAGACCCAAAAGAAUGGAAGAAACAAGAUCAUUAUGCAGUGCUUGGUCUGGCCAAGCUAAGGUACAAGGCUACAGAGGAGCAAAUCAAGAAAGCUUACAAGAGAAAAGUUUUGAUGCACCAUCCAGACAAGCGACGAGCUCGUGGCUUGCUGGUGCAAGAGGGAGUGGAUGACUAUUUCACAUGCAUCACUCGAGCAUAUGAAAUUCUUGGAAACCAAAACAAGCGUCGAUCUUAUGACAGUGUUGACCCAGAGUUUGAUGAUUCAGUUCCUCCUGUGACACAAGAAAACAAAAACAACUUUUUUUCUUUGUUCGGACCAAAGUUUGAGAUGAAUGCAAGGUGGUCUAACAAGAGAAAUGUGCCUAAGCUUGGUGAUGCUGACUCUUUGUUUGACGACGUCAAUAAUUUUUAUAAAUUUUGGUAUGAAUUUGAUUCUUGGAGAGAAUUUUCAUACUUGGAUGAGGAAGAAAAAGAAAAAGGAGAAAAUCGAGAAGAAAGACGAUGGAUAGAAAAGCAAAAUAAAGCAGUUAGACAGAAACGAAAGAAGGAGGAAGUUUUACGAAUACGACAGUUAGUUGACAAUGCUUAUGCCUGUGAUCCUCGUAUCCAGCGGUUCAGGGAGGAGGAGAAAGAAAAAAAGUUAGCACAUAAACGGGCCAGGCAGGAGGCUGCACGACAGAAAGCUGAAGAAGAAGAAAGGGUCAAACAAGAGGCCCUGGAAGAAGAAAGAAAGAAAAAAGAAAAGGAGGACGAGGAAGCACGCAUACAGGCAGCAGUCGCCAAAAAAGAGAAAGAAGGCGUGAAGAAGCAGCUGCGCAAAGAGCGAAAAUCCUUCCGGACCAUGGCGAAGGAUUUUGAUUACUUUGCAAACACAGAGGAGGAGAGAAUCAACAAUCUGCAGGAAGUAGACAAGCUUGCAGAAAUGUUGGCCCUCAACAGUCUGCAGGAACUAAAUGAAAGUCUAGCAUCUGCAAAUAAAGACAAGGCUAAGGAGACAUUUCUACAGAAGGUGGCAGAGUUGCGGGCACAAAUAGAAGAGGACAAAAGACGGCAGUUGGAGAUUUCCCAGCGGAGUGCGGGGGGUGACACAAUGCGUGACAAAAAGCAGUGGACAGAGGAGGAACUGCAAAUGCUGAUUAAAGCUGUUAACCUCUUCCCAGCAGGAACACAGGACAGGUGGGAGGUAAUUGCUGCAUUUAUCGGUCAACACGUGUCAGAGAGCAAUAAAAAUGCCCGUGAUGUUUUGUCCAAAGCAAAAGAAUUGCAGAAAAAUGAUGCCUCUCUGCGACAAGGUGUAUCAAAGCAAGCUUUCUCACGUUUUGAAAAAGAGCAUUUGGCAAGCUCCACUGCUGCUAAACCAAUGGAUGCACCAUCAGAGCGACUAGAAUCUGCAGCUGAGGCACAGCUGCGAGAGACUGGAACUAAUCCUGCUCCAUGGACAACAGAAGAACAAAAACUUCUGGAACAAGCCAUGAAGACCUACGGCCCAAACACCCCAGAGCGAUGGGAAUGUAUUGCCGAAGUUGUGCCAAAUCGAAGCAAGAAAGACUGCAUGAAGCGCUACAAGGAACUGUGUGAAUUGGUUCGGGCCAAGAAAGCUGCACAGGAAGCUGCCAAGGCUAAAAAGUCUUGAUCUCACAUUUUGAAGAGUUAUGGCUGCUUGCUUCCAGUUCCAAGGCACCUUUAGUAUUGGUGUUGAUUUGAACUGCUUCCAUAAUUUCACCAUUGGUGAGAGGACAAAGCAAGACAAUCGGAUUGUGCUGAGUUUACUCAUUGUCAUAGGUCUCUCCUAUCAGUACGGGCAUUAAUGCAUUGUGAGAGGUUACCAAAGCAGCAUGCACACUAGUUUUUUUAAAUUAUGGCCAUUGAUAGCACAGCCCAUGGCCAGAUUAGUCUUUUCAGAGACAUGCAGUUGCUAUGUGAAGCUGCUUAGAGAGCUAAUGGCAAGGCAAAGUGCCAGGUAUGCAACAGACUUGGCAUUUCAGUCAAGCAGAAUGACGGACUAAGAUAAAAUACUUAAACAUGUCCAUGUUGUCAUUGUUUUCCAUUGUAACAAGACAUCAAGGGACACCUGUUUCUACAAAUACAAAAGCAUUAAAAUACA